CCGCUGAUGACAGCCAGCGCCGGAGUCAACACCUACAACAUAUUCAAGGGUAUAACUCAUCCGACAACUAAAGGACGAGUAACAGCCAAACCCACGACUACAAUUACGAGUACAACUACAAAACCAGCACCAACAACAACCACAUCCUCCUCCAGCAGCGCUGAACCCACUGAGUCAGAAUCACUCAUGAUGCUGGAAACCGUCGCUAUGACGACCGCACCCACUACCACGGCAACCAGCACCACACAGCCCACCAGCACCAGCACGACUAAAAGCACCAGCACCACACAGCCCACCAGCACCAGCACGACUAAAAGCACCAGCACCAAAGUGCCGCAUCCUCCUCCACGGACGCCCAUCAAACCCAACCGACCCAAGAAACCCAGCAAACCCUCGAGACCCGAGACGCACUCCCUGAAGCCCACCAGAGUCCCUACAGCCCCCCCGACCAGCCGCACACCAUCCACCACAACAGCCACGACCACAGCAGCGCUGCUUGAGCUGGAGAGCGGCCCCGUUCGGUCUCGUCCAGGGAAGCCCAAGGUGUCUCGGGUGAUGUGGAAGAACAGCCUGCUGGCCAUCGUGGUGACCACACUCGUCUUUGUGUGUGAGAGAGAGUGA